AUGCCGACCGAAAAGUACGACAUCGUCAUCGUCGGUGCUGGCCCCGUGGGCCUCCUGCUAUCGACCUGCCUGGCAAGAUGGGGUUACAAGAUCAAGCACAUCGACAUGCGACCCGAGCCGACAGCCACCGGUAGAGCCGACGGUAUCCAGCCACGAUCACUCGAUCUCCUCCGCAACAUGGGCCUCAAGCGCGCAAUCAUGGCUCACGAACCUGCCAAGGUCUACGAGGUAGCUUUCUGGGAUCCUGCUGAGCAGAGCAAGGGCAUUCACCGUACUGGCACAUGGCCCUCAUGCCCUAGCUUCCUCGACGCCCGCUACCCCUUCACCACUCUGCUCCAUCAAGGUCUGAUCGAGCGUGUCUUCAUUGCCGACAUGGAAAAGUACAAUGUCAAGGUACAAAGACCUUGGAGGAUCACAGGAUUCGAAAACGACGGCAAGGAUAAGGAAUACCCGGUCGAAGUCAAGAUCAAGCACGUUGAUGGUGACGAGCAAGAGACAGUCAGAGCCAAGUACCUCUUCAGUGGUGAGGGUGCUCGCAGUUUCAUUCGCGAGCAGCUCAAGGUUGGCAUUACACACAAGGAUCCCAUCACACACGUCUGGGGUGUCAUGGAUGGUGUCGUUCGCACAAACUUCCCCGACAUCAAGAUGAAGUGCACAAUUCACUCCGACGCUGGCUCCAUCAUGGUUAUUCCCCGCGAGGACAACAUGGUCCGUCUAUACAUUCAGAUCGCUUCGUCAACAGACAAGGACUGGGACCCCCGCAAGCAAAAGACAGAGCAAGAGGUUCAGGAGGCAGCGAAGAAGAUCAUGAAGCCCUAUGAGAUCGAGUGGGACCGUGUCGAGUGGUUCUCAGUCUACCCCAUCGGUCAAGGAAUCGCAGACCGCUACACACUUGACGAGCGUGUGUUCAUGGGUGGCGACUGCUGCCACACUCACUCCCCCAAGGCCGGUCAGGGCAUGAACACUGCCUUCCUGGAUGCUCAGAACCUCGCAUGGAAGAUACACCAUGUCGAAAGCGGUUUUGCAGACCGUUCCAUCCUCAAGUCAUAUGAGUCGGAGCGUAAGUUGAUUGCAGAGAACCUCCUCAACUUCGACAACGCAUACGCCAAGCUGUUCUCGCAGCGCCAGCCUAGUGCCGGCGAAGUCAGCUCAGCAACACAGCAGGAUGGUGAGAAGCAGGUCGAGGAGAACGAGUUCAUCAAGAUGUUCAAGAGCUCUUGCGAGUUCACCUCAGGCUACGGUGUUGCAUACAACCCCAACAUCUUCAACUGGUCAAAGGAUCACCCUGCCAAGUCACCGCUGUUCCUCUCCAACGAGGACAAGACCACUACCCAGCGCACUGGACGUAUUUUGACAAACGCCACCGUUACCAGAGUAGCAGAUGCCAACGUCGUGCACCUCGAGCAGGAGAUUCCUCUCAACGGAAGCUGGCGCAUCUACCUUUUCGGCGGUGUCCCAAGCAAGACCAAGCGCGCCAUCGCAGACUUCGGCGCCGGCCUAACGAAGAAGGGCUCGUUCUACAGCGCAUUCGGUCACCCCAAUGUCGAUCAAGUCUCUUACCACGAAAGGCACAACCCUCACAGUCUGUUCUUCACCAUCAACACCAUCUUCGCUGCCAAGCGCCCGGAAAUCGAGAUCAGAUCAUUGCUUCCCGAGGUCCUCGCCCGCUACUUCGAUCACGUCUACGCAGAUGACAUCUGGGAUCAGAAGGUUCCUGAUGCCAAGGCUGCUGCUCACGCAAAGAUGGGUCUAUCGGAAGAGGAGGGUGGUGUUGUUGUGGUCCGCCCUGAUGGCUACGUCGGCUGUGUUGUCAAGCUUGUUGAGGGCACUGGCACUGUCGAUGCGCUCAACAGCUACUUCUCUACCUUCACUUCCAAGAAGGUUGGCGGUGCUGAGAGAGCAAGUCUGUAA